CGGAGAGAAAGAUAUCACGGGUUGCUAUCGGGACUCAAUGAGCCCGUAGCUCAUGCUGAUUUGCAACGCAUUUGCUUAUGCCUCCUUUUCAUUCAGGACCUUCUUUGUAUCUGUCCUUUGUCUUACUACCCUUUAGCCACUCGACCUGAGGCGGCCCCAGUCGUGUUCUUUGUCAACCCCUCCUCCCCAACGGUGUGUUGUCGCAGAAUAUCUGCCCGGCGGCUAGAGAUGGCACCUUCUGUUUCCUCUACAUCUUCGAACCACCCCGUGUCGCAAGGAUCGCCAUCCGAUAAGGAGAAUAGUUCAAGUGCAACAGGGAACACCAAAAGAAACCAGCCGCAAACGAUGGCACACGCCCGUAGAGCCAAGCGAGCUCGACUCUCAGCAAGAGACUCUAACGUGCAAGACACUCAGUCUCAAGUAGCGUCGCAGGCGACACGGAAUAGUGUCAAUCAGUUUUACGAUCCGGAUCAAGACCACCGAGAGAGGCGACAAGUUCGUAAGGGCCUCAGAGAUUUGACGCGGGACCUCAACGACUCUAGGAAUGAAUAUCUACAGGCUGGCAACCAUGGCCUGCGUGACACCAUCAAGAAAGCGAACGACAUCUUCGAGAAUGUCAAACAGACUUCUGACGCAACCAUCGAUUCACGGCUGCUUGUUCAAGCGGCAGAUCUGUCAUACAAAAAGACGGCACAGUUGGUGCUGGGGGAUGCUAGUGCAGGGAUAGAUGUGGAUGAGUUUGUCUCUAAGUGUAUCUCUUUCAUGCGCCGGGCGCCUACGGACUCCCAAGCUUCGAUGCCUUCCAGCACCCAACGGCGGCGCACGGGUAUCGGAAGGAGCCAGAUGGACCCCAACGAUAGCGACGAGGAUCAGGGUGAUGCGAUGAACUGGGACUGGCUCGGGCGCGCUGCUUGUUUCUGCAGUAAUGCCCGACCGUCAGUUCCUGGAUUCCUGCUGGGACCGCUUUCUGUACAGAAGCGCGUCCGGCAGCAACCUGUACGAAGAGCCCGUGAACGAAUCGACCCAGCACGGGCCGUUGCACCGCAAGAACUGCAAGAAAAAGAUCUGGACAGGCAAGAAACAUCGAAUUUGACGACUAUGUGUGCCAGCAUCAAUCGACUUUUGGCUAGAACCCAAAACAACGGACAAGAUGUGGUAGAGGCGGAAUUGUCGCAGUUGCCAGAUGACCCCGACGAAGAUACGGUGCAAGAGGUGAUGGCAAGGAACAAUGUGGCCGAUGAUGGAGGUGUUCCUCUGUUCCAAUUCUGCAUUAACCCGCACUCUUUCGGACAAAGUGUGGAAAAUCUAUUCUACGUUAGCUUUUUGGUCCGGGACGGCUUGGUUGGAAUCGCGGUGGAUAGCCGGGGCUUGCCCACUUUGCAUUCGGCAAAGCCUCAUGCGCCUAGUGAGGCCCAGAGAAAGGGCAUCAAGAAGCGUCAGGCCAUUUUCACACUUGACUUUGAGACCUGGCAAGAGUUGAUCCAAGUCUAUGACAUCAAAGACUCCAUCAUUCCUCAUCGGGAGGAAGAGACGCAAAAUACAGCACAAUCCUGGCAAGGCUAAUUUCAGAUGACUAGAUUGGGUUCGGAGAAGUGCGUUCUGUAUUGUUUAUAUUCUGUGGGAGUGCUUUGAUUAUGUGUGGAUAACGUGAUACCCAUUUGGUUUGAACGGUGUUGGUAUGAAUCUUGAGCAUGAAUUUUGUCACGGCGUAUAGGUGUCCUGAAUGAACUAGAUACAGAGUGUGAUCCACAACUAGUCUACUUGUCCCCAA